AUUAUAUCAUGAGCGCUACCGAAUUGUCGGAUGGGUCGGAACUGUCGGUGCCCGAUGAGGAGGACGAGGGUCCCAAUAUUGGUAGAUAUAUAGGCGGACGAAAUGCUUCGGGGCAGCGCCAUGGACGCGGUUGGGCAAUUCUGCCCAAUGGAGAUCAGUACGAUGGCAAUUAUCGCAAGGGUCGUCGCCAUGGAAUUGGUUUGUAUGUUUUCAAGGAUGGCGCUCGUUAUUAUGGACAAUAUCGUUGUGGCACGCGAUGUGGACGCGGCAUCUUUAUUUAUCCCGAUGGCUCCGUUUACGAGGGCAACUGGCGCAAGCAUUUGAAGCACGGCAAGGGGCGCUACAACUAUGCCAAUGGGGAUGUGUAUUCGGGUGAUUGGCUCAAGGGGCAACGUCAUGGUGUUGGUAUCUAUAGCUUCAAAUCGGAGAGGGAUAACUGUUGCAUGUCCGUGCGCCUCAAGUCCACUUGGAGCAGCAAUGUGCGGAUGGGUCCAUUUGAGCUUUACAUUGGCAACGGUGAUAAUUGCACCAUUUUGCACGGUAUCUGGGAUAAUCUGUAUCCCACUGGUCCGGCAGUCUUUAGUUUUAAUAAUCGCUAUAUGCUCCUUGGCUACUUUUUACCGGACGACAACCGUCAUUCUUCCGUCGAUCAUGGCGAGGAUGAAGCUAACGAAGAAGUGGAAGAAGAGGACAUGGACAUGGAGAUAAUUCCGACAUUGUGGUUUGCCCAGGAGAUUGCUGUCUACGAUUACUCACUGCUGCCGCAAGAGCCGGUACCACUGCCCGUCUCCGACUCGGAGCUAUCGAUAUGCUCGCUAACCACAGAGCCGAGUGUGCUCAGUCAGGAGAAGAUUAGUUUCUAUGGCGAGGGCGAGGAAGGCGAAACCGAGGGCGAGGAGGGUGAAAUGGAAUGUUUCCCUUGCGAGUGCGAUUAUGAUCUCACUGAAGCCGACACAGAGACCGAUCCAUGCAAAAUCGAUGCCAAUCCCUGUGCCAUUGAGGUGCUCAAGCAGGCCAACUGCCACGAUGUCUAAUUAAACCACAAUCAAAGUUAGUGGAACACUAUUAAAAUAUAUAAACCCUUGCAAGAAACGUACAUGAAGCACUCCAAAAAUAUACAAAUUAUUUUAUAAAAAAUUGUAUAUUAUAUAAUUAUAGUUGUGAAUAUAAACUUUCGAAUUUUA